CAAUCAUAAUAACAAUAAAAUUUAAUUAUCUACAGAAUUUAAUUUUUUUCUUCGACAGAAAACGAUAUAGAUAUGAAGACCAUACCCUUACUAACUGAAGCCAUGAUGAUUGAAUUAAUUCCUAGUGUUGGACACCGAGCUCAAUUAAAAUCAAAUGUUGACCAAUGGAAAAAUAUUAUCCAGCAGAUACCUUCACCCUCACCUGUAUCUUGUAGUAUUGACACAGAUAUACAGAUAGCCAAUUUAAUACAAAAUAAUGACGUAUGGUCUGAAUCUUCCAGUAGUAUUGUAGACAAAUUACCGGCUGAUAUAAUACAAAAUAAUUUAUGGUCUGAAGCUUCUAGUAGUAACAGUAGCGCAAGUAGUAGUGCAGAGAAAUCACCAGAAGAAAUAACACAAAAUAAUGUAUCGGAAAUAUUGGAACUACUUAAAACUACAAAUGAAGGAAAGUCGUUAUUGUCAACAUUUCAUAAAAGUGGUUUAUUAGAUAGUGCAGGUCGUAGGCGUUUGUGUCACUUAAUAAUUAAUAGAGAACUCAGAGAUGAUGUCCAAAGACGUAUUCCAUCGUCACGUUUACAUAACCUUGCAUACCAAAUCACAAAAGUUUUUCAAAAUGAACGAGCAUCAACUUAUUUUAUUCCAUACAUUUCUUACGGACCAGGUUUAAAAAGAGCAGCCAAGGGAAAGCUUCUCGACUGUUUAAAUAAUAGGAGAAGGGAAUAUCGAAAAUCUGGUUUGAUUAAUUCAUCUAGACGAAGUUCAACAUCUUCUGAAUCAUCUUUUACUUCUAUACCAUUACCGGAAGGACUUUUACAAUCUACUGAAGAAGAAGGAAAUUAUAUAGAAUCUGUUGUGGAGGAAAAUCUCAAUUGGCUAAGAAACUCAAGUGACCCAUGGGAUUUAGUAGAAAUAAAUUGGAAUUUGACUUCCAGCUUUCGCUUAAAAAGACUGAUGUCACCAGAUGGUCCUUCAAUUGCAGAGUACAUGACUGAGUUUCCAUGCUUGAAAAAACCUGCAGGAUAUCUCCUUAUUUUGAAAGACUUUAACGUUGCUUAUCCAAAAUCAGUCGACAAACUUUAUCAGAACCUACCAAUAUACAGAAAGAAGAUUAUCGACCUAACAUUGACUAGAACUAAGAAAACUAAAGAUUCCACUGUACAUCAAAUCUUAAAUGAAUACUUACAGUACUACUCUGACGAUGAAGAAACAUCAAAUAUAGUUUGUUUGUUUUGCUUGGUCUUCCUUGUUGGAAAUUCAGUGAUUCGGGGAAAAAAGUAUACAACUCAAUGGAAACCAUCAAAGUUAGAAGCUAGAGAUGGAUUUAUCACCAAAGUAUCAAGUGACGCAGAAGUCCAAGAAACCAUUACAAGAAGAAGAGAAAAGCUAUCAAGUCUUGGCCACACAUUACAACCCUUUAUAAUAAUUGUUGGACAAAGCUAUCAUCAUAUUCAAAACUACUUGGUAAUUGUUGACAAUACUAUUUAUAAACUCCACUCUAUUACAGCUGCUGUUGAUUGCUGCUUUAAAAUAUUUUUAACUUUGAACGCAGAAUACCCUGUUGAAUCCAAAGGAAUAUGGUUUUUUAUUCAAAAGGGGUUUUACCAAAUUAAAACACCAUGGGAUAAAAAUUAUACAACUGUUAGUGCCCUCCUAUCUGAUAUAGGAAUUCCUAUUUUGCAAGGAGAAUAA